GAAGUGCUGUUCAUCACACACAUCAUUCUACGACUGACAAAGCGGAGAAUCGUCCUGUCUUGGAGUUGUCGGGGAACCGGUUCGCGGAGGCCCAACUGCGGCAUUAGUAGAGAGAGCGGAGCUGCUCUAAAAACCGGACGAGGGUGGGCCUUGGCAACUCAUACACUCGCUCGCUCGCUCGCUCACACACUUGCUUUGUUUAGCUUUCUGCGACGCUGCCCGCUUCUGCUUCUCGUGAUAGUCGUUAGAACCGCACCCCCGCCUCCCCUCCCUUCCAGUACCAUCCCCCCACCAUAUCAUAGUCUCUGAAAUUCAGACGCCUCGUUCUUCUCCUCGCCUUUCUUCUCGCUCUCUCUCUCUCACUCAUUGUCUCUCAUUCUCUCUCUCCUCGGGCUGCCGACAUCAGAGAACGGCUCAGACGGGAGCUCGAAGAGCUGCAAUAUCGCCGCUGGACUCCGAGUCUACAAUAUACACCGCACCGAAUUGUUCUGCGAUUCACGAGAGAGACUCUCGUGGCUGCUGCUGCUGACUGCAGACAGAAUUCUCAGAUUCAUCUGAUGAGCAAUUGGCGGUGGGCAACCUGAGCGACUCCGGGGUUAGGGACCCGGCCCAACGCAACGCGGCGGCCUUGAAUUGCUAGAGAUUGUAAAAUUCCUGGAAUUCGGAACAACGCGGGCGCAUUUGUCAUCUGAAUCAGAGAAGUAUUCAGCGCUGCUCGCAGCUCUCGGACCCAUCCGCCAAUGGGAAGCAGCGCGGGCGGCCCUCGGUGUUCGGCAUUCUGGGAUCGCCUCGCGGCCUGAAUGAAUGGUGCGGUGCCCCCCUGCGAUUGAAAUCGAGAACAUGGGUCUCUCAUCGGGCCUCUCUUCCUUGACUCGCCCGUCCGAUAGCAGACCGGAGCUCCUCUCCGAGUCCUGAACCUCAAGGACCUCGAAGCAGAUUUCUCAGACUCUCCUCCAUCUCUGAGAUAUAGCGUCGACGCCUGCCUGCCUGCCUGCCUGUCUGCCUGCCUGUCUGCCUGCAGCUUCCCGAGAGUUGGUCCGGGCAAGAAUCAGAGCUCGAGAGCUCGCGAGCGAUCUGAGGAACCAAGAUGAUGGCUCAUAAUCUCGCGACUCAUUCUCUAACCUCGGCGCUCAAUCAUAGAUCCCCCGCGUACCUCUCGCAAGAUCACCAGGCCGUGCGGCACAUUUCCGUCAUAACAAUGCCGGACAUCCUCGAAGCUUUCAACCAUUCGCAAGCUAUGUCGUCGACCACGAAUCUGAGCACCUCGGUGCGAAACAGCGGCGGCGAUCCAUGGGAGCUUCCGGAGCUCAAGUGGCUGGAUCCAGCCGACAAUGUGUCAGGCCCCAGCGAGAAUCUGCCCGAAGCCGACAAUCCGAGCCUCCCAGCGGAGAAGUUCCCCAUAGACGGCGAGAGAUGGCCCUUCUCGUCGCUCUAUGGCGGAGAUCGAGUGCCCUCCAAUGCCGAGGAGGCUCAAUUCUCGCUGCAGUCCAUAGUCAGCGCAUCCCCAGCCAGCAGCGGCUCGUCGGUUCUGAUGAAGGGCCGCAUGAGCUUCGUCGGCCGAGACUUCCCAUCUUCGGCGCAGCAGCAGCAGGCGCCCGAGUGGCGCAGCACCAGCGGCAGCUCGGGCCACAAGCGCCCGACGUCCGAGAGGCCGGAUUCGGACUUCGCGCAGGAGAAGCUGUCGAAUUCCGAGCGAUCGAGCUUCAAGGACAACAAAUCUGUGCCGGACAUUCCCGUCUCCAACAGCGAGGUCUCGGCUCUGACAACGACAUAUCCGCCUGAGAAGCGCAGCCGCACCGCCAGUGACACUCGCGCCACUCGCGACAGCUGCACUCAGGGUGGUGGUGGUGGUGGUGGCGCUGGUGGUAAUGGUGGCUCGGGGGCCGAUCAGCAGAAGCUCAGCGUCGAGAAGGGCAGCGUCUCCGUCACGAACGAUCAGACCGUCAGCCCCGGCCGCGACAGCAAGAAGUCGGCCAACACUGUUUCAGAUCAUGAAAUUCAUAUCUGGACCGAGCGCGAGCGUCGCAAGAAAAUGAACGGAAUGUUCUCCACGUUACAUUCGCUCCUGCCCCAUCUCAACUCCAAGGCCGACAAGUCAACAAUCGUGGACGAAGCGAUUAAUUACAUACAGACCUUGGAGGGGACGAUGAAGGGGCUGAUGAAGAGGAAGGGCGAGAUGUCGAACGCCUCGAGUACGAUGAUGCCAACAUCGCUGGCCCUUCUGCAAGCGUCGCAGCACGGAAUGGCCGAGACGGACAGCGUGUGCAAAGUGUCUCCCACCAUCAGCUUCGGCGGAGAGAUCAAACCAUCGGGAAGUGGCAGCUCGACGCCGACCAGUGAAGCCCAAUUCCGAACCCAAUUGUCCAAGAACGUCGUCCUCAACAUGUGCGGCAACGAUGCUUUUAUCACCAUUUGCAGCCCCCGUGGAAGACUCGGACUCCUGUGCCGUGUUCUCUUCGUCAUCGAGUCUCACAAUUUGCACGUACUCAAUGCUCACAUCUGCACCACCAACGACACUAUCAUGUACAUGGUCCACGCGCAGACCACAGAGGACCAGCUGGGGAACUCAGACAUGCUGAACAUAGCGUUGCAAGACCUGACGAAAUGUCUUACCGCACACACCUGACGGGGUUGACAUUUUAUCGAUCUGCUCUACUGUACUCCGUAUACGCGUGGUACAAGUCUCAUGUGGGACCCAGAGUAGGUCUUUCAUGUACAAAGAAAUUACGAACCAGACGAACCUCGCAUCUUGGGACCGUACAUCAAAUUGAGUUAAAUUGCUGUUGUAUUUACCAUAUAGAAUCAUACAAUCACGCUCUGAAACCUUCCAACUCUCAGCUCAGAGUUUCAAGUCCGACUUCUUCAUCAGUGCGAGAGUCUAUGGGAGUGCACGGCCUCGAUCAGAAAGCUCGAAGAUGUAGUGUGUUAUCGACAUCAUUGACUUCCCCGGGCUCUCCACUCCACGUUCAUGAGGUGGAACACUCAAUGAUGACACUGGAAAGAAUCUUCUGUUGCAAGCAGGUAGGCCCAUCAUCACUCCACAGAUGAAGAAUUCUUUGGAAGUGUAUAAGACAUCGAUACUGGCGAGGGGUCAAGCUCAUCCACACAUUGCCGGCCCCGCUUUGGAGCUGACAUGAGAUGAGGUCAAGCCAAGAUGGUGCGUGAUUGGUUGCAGCCGCUAGUAGACUGAGUAUGAAAUUAAUUUUCAUAGGAACAAUUAGACCGUCAACCUCACCCACCUGCGGGAGGUGUUGUCAUCUCUGCUCUGAUCAUUUUUGUGAGCUCACAUCACUGUAAAUCGAGGGCUCCAGCCGUGAAAGAGGACCAUGUCAUGUCCUUGGCCAGCCCUCGGUCCAGAUAUCGGAGGAUUCUCAGCACACGAGUGAUACCAGCAGCAGCAGCAGGUGGUUUAGCCUUCCCAAGAGGUAGUCUGAUACAGAAAAUGUAGGAUUCUUAAACGACUGUUUAGACAGAACGACACGACAUGAAGUAGAAGAGUCGAGGAUAGUCCAAAUUGAGUUUGACCAUCGCUGAUUCUGUGCGUAUGAUUAGAGAAGUGCGAAGGCUUCACUUCACCUUGAGCCCAGCCCAUGGCUUCGAGUUUAGCUAAGUUAGUGUACUAGUCGAGUGGGCGGGCUGAUAUCAAUCAAAGUCACAUAGUUUGAACAAGACCGACAUGACAUGACAUGAGUGUUCUUUUCAUCGAUGAUAGUUAAGAGUGCCGGGGCUCUGCCGACUCCCGUCAGAAAACAACCAAAAGCUUUGUACUAAAUUUUCCCCCGCUGAAUGUGUAUUUUUAAAUCGAUGGGCCAGCUGC